AUAAAAUUAUUAAAGUUAUUAUUAACAUCAUGCCCUUUAUAUACCCAACACCAGCAUUGUAGGGUAACUAUUGUAGCUUUUCAGGGGAGGAGGCUGCCUUUCUUUUCAUUAGCAUGAUUUUGUCAUUUAAUAUGAAGAGUAAUGACAUUGUUGAGUAAUGUGUCUGUAAUAGAUGCAGCACAAUUGUGUGUGAAAUGUGUUACAAUGACAGCAGGGUAAGAGGCUGGCUCCUGCUAGCAUUAUUUAUUAGUAGUAUAUCAGUAGUAGUAAUAGUAGUAAUGACUUAACAACAGUAGCAUUGUUAAUAGUGUAUUUACAGUAUUUUCAACACCAUAAUUGUAUCUGAGAUGCCUCAUUCCAGAAGGUUCCGCUCUUCAGAACGCAGCAGCCGGGGCAGCUUCCACGAGCGUUACAGAAGCCGCAAGCACAAGAGGAGGCGGAGUCGCUCGCGGUCGAGUAGCAGCGAGCGGCGCCACCACAGGGAAGACAGCUAUCAUGUCCGUUCCCGCAGCUACGAUGACCACUCCUCUGAUCGGCGCGCCUACGACCGGCGCUACUGCGACGGCUAUCGGCGAGAUGGGUACAGCCGCGAGCGGGGCGACGCCUACUACGAGCCUGACUACCACCAUUCCUACGAGUAUCAGCGUUCCCGGGAUGGCAGCUACCGCAGUUGCAAAAGCAGCCGCCGGAAGCGACGGCGGAGACGCCGCCGCAGCCGCUCCUUCAGCCGCUCCUCAUCGCGGAGUCAGCAAAGCGGCCGGAGAGCCAAGAGCGUGGAAGACGACGACGAAGGCCACCUCGUCUAUCGCAUCGGCGACUGGCUUCAAGAAAGAUACGAGAUUAUUAGCACCCUCGGAGAGGGCACUUUUGGCCGGGUGGUACAGUGUGUGGAUCACCGCAGGGGCAAUACACGGGUGGCUCUAAAAAUAAUCAAGAAUGUGGAAAAGUACAAAGAGGCAGCUCGGCUGGAGAUCAACGUGUUGGAGAAAAUUAACGAGAAGGAUCCGGAGAACAAGAACCUGUGUGUGCAGAUGUACGAUUGGUUCGACUAUCACGGUCACAUGUGCAUUUCCUUCGAGCUGCUGGGACUCAGCACCUUUGACUUCCUGAAGGACAACAAUUACCUGCCUUACCCCCUGCACCAGAUAAGGCACAUGGCCUAUCAAGUGUGCCUGGCUGUCAAAUUUUUGCAUGAAAACAAGCUCACACAUACGGACCUCAAGCCUGAAAACAUCCUCUUUGUCAACUCUGAUUAUGAGAUGACCUACAACCUGGAAAAGAAGCGAGAUGAGCGGAGCGUCAAGAACACGGCCGUCCGGGUGGUCGAUUUCGGCAGCGCCACCUUCGACCACGAGCACCACAGCACCAUCGUUUCCACGCGGCACUAUCGGGCCCCAGAAGUCAUCCUGGAGCUCGGUUGGACCCAGCCCUGUGACGUCUGGAGCAUCGGCUGCAUCAUUUUUGAGUACUACAUGGGCUUCACAUUGUUCCAGACCCAUGAUAACAGAGAGCAUCUGGCAAUGAUGGAGCGAAUCCUGGGUCCCCUUCCAUCGAGGAUGACCAGGAAGACCAGGAAGCAGAAAUACUUCUAUCACGGCCGCCUGGACUGGGACGAGAACACAUCUGCUGGGCGCUAUGUUCGAGAGAACUGCAAGCCGCUGAGAAGGUACCUGGCCUCCGAGGCCGAAGAACACCACCAGCUCUUCGACCUCAUCGAGGGCAUGCUGGAAUACGAGCCGGCCAAGCGGCUGACACUGGCCGAGGCCCUGAAGCACCCCUUCUUUGACUCCCUGAAGCUACAGCCUGGCCCCAAAGCCUGGGACUCCAGCCGUGACAUCAGCCGGUGACCAGCGUAGUUCCUGACUCACCCUCACCCCCCCCCCGAUACCUUCACGCACAUUCGGCCCCUGUGGAGGCUCGUGCAGGUUACGCUCAUGCAUUUUGGUGCUUUAAAAAUAAUAAUAACAGGGACGACGAUAAUACAGACUGCGUCCUGAUUCACCACAGGCUCCCUUUUUUCUGAUCAUGUAAAGCUUGUUAAUAUGUGAGAUAGUGUGUGUAUAUAUAAAUAUAUAUAAAUACAUAUAUAUAUAUAUAAACAUGCAGGAAAUCUUGUGGCAUUUCCCACCUGCCCCAUUCCUGUAAAUAUUGUGACUCUCCCCCUGAAUCGGGACCCUCUUCUCCUCUCCUGCUCCUGCUGUACAUAAUUCCAGCCCCUCUUCCCCCCCCCCCCCCGGCAGCGUGUUCUCCACGUCCCCAUGUAAGUUAUAAGGCUGGUGGGAUCCCCUUUGGGGAAUUAUUUUUGGAUACUAAACCAUAGCCCAUUCCAAUGCCAGGAUUUUAUAUGGAUUUUGUACAGUCUUUGUGGGAAAAUAAAAUAAAAUAUGACAUGAAUUAAUGCUA